AUUUUUUUGGCUUGUCUCGUCCAUAUAAAGAGAUGGUGACUGUCGACGAAGAUAUCAUUCAGUUGCUUUAAAAUGUUCAACGCUUUGAUAUUUACCUUGUUGGCGGUUUCUGCCGUUCAGAGUUCACCGCUUAAUUACAAUGAUACAAUUACUCCACGUGCUUUAACUCCCAAUUCGGAGGGAUGGCACGACGGAUUCUAUUAUUCCUGGUGGUCUGAUGGUCUACCAUCUGCAACGUACACCAAUCUUGCGGGUGGUGCAUACAGUUUGACUUGGUCUGGCAAUGGUAAUCUUGUCGGCGGAAAGGGAUGGAAUCCGGGAGGAUAUCGAACCAUCAAUUAUUCCGGAACGUAUAAUCCAAAUGGUAACAGCUAUCUCGCCGUAUAUGGAUGGACUAGGAAUCCGUUGAUUGAGUACUAUAUCGUUGAAAAUUUCGGAACAUACAAUCCGUCCAGCGGCGCUACACAUAAAGGAACUGUGGAGUCUGAUGGUGGUACCUAUGACAUUUACGUCUCAACUCGAGUUCAACAACCGUCGAUCGAUGGCACUCAAACGUUUAAUCAGCACUGGUCGGUUCGACGCAACAAACGUACUGGUGGAACGGUAACUACUAACAAUCAUAUGGAUGCUUGGGGCAGACUUGGAAUGACCAUGGGAUCAUCGUACUACUACAUGAUUGUUGCUACUGAAGGUUACUAUAGCAGUGGCAAUGCUCACAUCAUUGUCUCAUAAGUUUUCCAUUGUGUCCGAAUAAGCGAUAAUGUAAAAUUUCAAUAAAAAUAAUU